GCCACCUCUGGCAAACCAGAUCUGGGCCACCAAAGGGCCGUCAUUCUUUACAGUAUGUGGGCCAUGUGUAAGCACAUUGUGUGGGCCAGAUCUGGGCCAUACCAAUUUUGCUAUGUGGGUAAUAUGUCCACAAAUGAUUCAUGUGCCUAAAAACAUGGAUCCGUCCUAAAUUUUGCCUUCACACAUGAUUUACUGAAAACAGCAAUGGUUGUGGAUGAAACUACCCUCGUCAAUGUUCAACAUGCUUCCACUACAGACUUCUUUUCGUGUACUUUUUUUACAUGUUGUGUCUUAUUUUUUAUAUACAAAUCCCCUUAACUGGAGUCCAGAUGCAGGAUUUGAGUUCCCAUUUAAAAUAUACUGAGAGGUUAUUCCAGGUGUUUUUGUCUUCAAUGUGUUUUACAGUUUUACACAGUAAAUCAGCCAAUGAGAUGAUGCUAAAGACAAAAUAGGGGCUUGUUUUUGUUUUGUUAAAUUGUCCUUUUUUGGAUAAAUUUCUUCUUUCUAAAUUAUAAAAUAAAACAUUUUCAGUACAAAAUCUUCCCCACAAGAUAACAUCGUUGUGACACCCUGCCUAACGACCCUGGUGAGACAGGAAUGAAAACAGGAAUGAAUACACACACACACACACACACACACACACACACACACACACAAUCCUGACAAUUUUUUUUAUAUAUCUUUAUGUUUUUCAGAGGCUGUUUUUUUUCUCAUUUAUGUAUCUAGCAGUUGGUCAGUAUAAAUAUCAUAAAUAUAUAUACGACUAUGGUAAUUUGUUACUAAUUGGCUUAGGAGCUGGGUCAUGACGUUAUGUAACCAAAAUCUAUCUUUCAGCUCUAAAUCAAUGGGUAACAAUAAAUCUCACUGAAACAGGAUCAUUUAAUAUGUGACUAAAAAUGAUUAAAACUACACACAGAUACAUGUAUAGUGAUGAAAACCUAGAUAUUAAAAUGUGAUGUGUUCUUCUACUUCACCCAUGAAAUGCUUUUAUAUAUAUUCUCUUAGCACCUAAUGUGCUGUAGCAUGGAACUACGUCCUCAUUUGCAGAUUAACACAAAUGUAAGCUAAAACGAGAUGAUAGUCGUCUACAGAUUAAAAAGUCGAUCCUGCUAUAGAAGCACACCAAACUUUGUUUAAGGCCUCAAACUAAACAAGCAAAUAGAGAGACAGAGAGAGAGGAGGGGGGAGGUGGUGGGGUGGGAGGACGGACUGCCAGGAUCAUGACAUUUUGAACAGUAUUAAUGCAAAAGUCUUUAAAUCUUAAUUGUUACACAUUUAAUGCGAUACACACAGUGGGUAAGGCUUUUCUACUUGUUUAGGUGAAGGUGGUUGAUUUGAAGUAAAUAAGGUGGAGCCACAAACUGUGACUGUGUGAUGUGAUGCUUUACGUCUCCACACCAGCAGGAAGCUGUGGCCUCUGUGACAGAGGUGUGACUUAACCUUCUCAGGCCACGACUGAGCCAGUCCGUAUAUCAGCAGCCAAGUAUCAUGGAGGUCAUCACACUUUGUGCUGUUGUUGCUUCACUCAGAGUCAUUCCCAACAGAUCCCAGUUCUUCCAGUAUGACUCCAUCUCAAUCAGCUGUGGGCAGCAGGAAAACUCUUCAGAGUGGAGAGUUAAGAGGAACACGUCCUCACACAUAAACACCACGUGUCCCUCAUCCUCAAAUGGAAUAAAUGAAUCUCACUGUUUCAUCAGUGACCUUUACCCAGCAGACAGUGGAGUUUACUGGUGUGAGUCUGCAGCAGGAGAGUGCUUCGAUGCUGUCACCAUCACUGUGGCAGCUGGUUCUGUGAUCCUGGAGAGUCCUGUUCAUCCUGUGAUGGAGGGAGACACUGUAAUUCUGCUCUGUAAUCACAUGACCACUGUCUAUGAUAAUCUCAUCAUUGAAUUUUACAAAAAUGAGCUUCUUAUUGGACGCAGCUCAACAGGAAACCUGACUAUCUACAGAGUAUCUAAAUGUGAUGAGGGACUCUACAAGUGCAACAUCUCUGGAGUUGGAGUUUCACCUGACAGCUGGAUGACUGUCAGAGAUAAGACAACAGGACAUCCUGAACUGCGUCAUCCUGGUCUGACACACAUUCAGUUUCCUGUGGCUUGCAUCUUCCUCUUAUUGUUUUCAGCAGUUCUGCUCAGUCUCAGCAGCAAAGGUAAAAUUGACCCUGUGGUCGUGCCGUACACUGAAGUCAUCUACACACAAAAGUGCAGGAGAAAAGGUCGACGACUGAGGAAGAGGUCCUUGAUGUUAUCAUCUAAGGCUGCAUACAGAUGCGUUUGCACACACACGUCGUGCACUGUGCUCACUUAUAAAGCCGACAGCUGAUGAAGCGAUAACGGUGAUAUGUUUAAGCACUUUAACCUACCUGUACACUCUGUGUUCCACACUGCACCUGCAAAGAAAUAUACAUAUUAGAAAGAAAGAACAAAAUAAAGAAAUACACUAGCAUUGGAAAUCCUCAUUGGUCUCUU